CAUUUUCUCACUGAAACCGGAAGUGAGUGAUUGCGGCGUUAGAAAGCGUUUAGCUGCAAAAAGUUUUUUUUUUUUCACUUUUGAGGAAUUUAGUGAUCCGGAAGUGAUUUAAAGCGGAGUUACAGUUCAUAGUGAAGCGUAAAUCACACCUCACAGCGACUUUAGGUGCGGAGUGGAUUGGAAUCUAAGGAUUUAAUUCGUGUAAAGUUUGUGUGUGAGUGUGUGUGAGUGUGUGUGAGUGUGAGAGUGUGUGAGUGUGAGAGAGUGAAGAUGCCGCUCGCGCAGUUCGCGGAUCCGUGGCAGAAACCUCAGCUCCGAGCUGUGGAGAAUGAAAUCAUUGAUGACAUGAUGGGGGAGGAGGAAGCACUGGUGACUGAUGAAGGUCCGGUGAAGGAGAUCACGAUCACAAACCUGGUGAAGGAGGGAUCAGAGAAAGGAGACCCAAAACAGUUUGAGCUCUGCAAAGUCCUGGGUCAGGGAUCAUUCGGCAAGGUUUUCCUUGUGAGAAAGAAAACAGGGCCGGAUGCAGGACAGCUCUACGCCAUGAAGGUCCUCAAAAAGGCGACACUAAAAGUGAGAGAUCGUAUGAGGACGAAGAUGGAGCGAGACAUCCUGGUGGAGGUGAAUCACCCGUUUAUCGUCAAACUGCACUACGCGUUCCAGACGGAGGGGAAACUGUAUUUAAUCCUGGACUUCCUGAGAGGAGGAGAUUUAUUCACGCGCCUCUCUAAAGAGGUGAUGUUCACGGAGGAGGAUGUGAAGUUCUAUCUGGCUGAAUUAGCUCUGGCUCUGGAUCAUUUACACGGCCUGGGCAUCAUCUACAGAGACCUCAAACCUGAGAAUAUCCUUCUGGAUGAAGAAGGUCAUAUUAAACUCACCGACUUUGGCCUGAGUAAGGAGUCUGUUGAUCAUGAGAAUAAAGCGUACUCGUUUUGUGGAACUGUGGAGUACAUGGCUCCCGAGGUGGUGAACCGCAGAGGCCACACCCACAGCGCUGACUGGUGGUCGUACGGCGUCUUAAUGUUUGAGAUGUUGACGGGAAUGCUGCCGUUUCAGGGAAAAGAUCGUAAAGACACCAUGACCAUGAUAUUAAAGGCGAAGCUGGGGAUGCCAGCGUUUCUGAGUCCUGAAGCUCAGUCUCUCCUGCGCAAUGUGUUUAAGCGAAACCCCGGAAACCGACUUGGAGCUGGGCCUGACGGAGUCGAGGAGAUCAAAAGACAUCCAUUCUUUGCCACCAUUGACUGGAACAAACUGUUCCGCAGAGAGGUGAAGCCACCGUUUAAACCAGUGAUUGGUCGACCGGAUGACACUAUUUACUUCGACACUGAGUUCACCGCUAAAACUCCCCGAGACUCCCCCGGUGUUCCCCCCAGUGCAAACGCUCAUCAGCUCUUCAGAGGUUUCAGUUUUGUAGCAGUGGGAGCUGAAGAGCUGAGUGAACCUCCAAUACAGACCAACACAAGUGUCAGUACAGUGUUACAGCAUCGCAGCAUGUUAGAAUUCAGUGACGUGUAUGAUGUGAAGGAGGACAUCGGCGUCGGCUCGUACUCCAUCUGCAAACGCUGUGUACACAAGAGCACAGGCAUGGAGUACGCUGUGAAGAUUAUCAAUAAAGAGAAGAGAGACCCUGCGGAGGAGGUGGAGAUCCUACUGAGAUACGGACAACACCCUAACGUCAUCACACUCAAAGAUGUGUAUGAUGAUGGACACUCAGUGUUUUUGGUCACGGAGCUGAUGAAAGGCGGUGAGCUGCUCGAUAAAAUCCUGCGUCAGAAGUUUUUCUCAGAGCGAGAGGCCAGCGCUGUCUUACACACCAUCACCAAGACUGUAGACUAUCUGCACACACAGGGGGUGGUACACAGAGAUCUAAAGCCCAGUAAUAUCCUGUAUGUGGAUGAAUCCGGAAAUCCCGAGUCCAUCCGGAUCUGCGACUUCGGAUUCGCUAAACAGUUGAGAGCUGAGAACGGUCUGCUGAUGACUCCGUGCUACACCGCUAACUUUGUUGCUCCUGAGGUGCUGAAGAAGCAGGGUUAUGAUGAGGCGUGUGAUAUCUGGAGUCUGGGUGUGCUGCUCUACACCAUGCUCACAGGGUUCACUCCGUUUGCUAACGGUCCUGACGACACGCCCGACGACAUCCUGUCUCGCAUUGGCAGUGGAAAGUUCUCUCUCACAGGAGGCUACUGGAACUCUGUGUCCAACGAGGCCAAGGACCUGGUGUCUAAGAUGCUCCAUGUUGAUCCUCAUCAGAGACUGACAGCGUCUCAGGUGCUGCGUCACCCCUGGAUCAUCCACAAAGACCGGCUUCCUAAAUUCCAACUCAACCGCCAUGAAGCUCCACAACUCGUCAAAGAAGCGAUGGCUGCCACUUACUCGGCUCUGAACAGAAACGUGUCUCCGAUGUUGGAAUCUGUCGGUUGCUCCACGUUAGCGCAGCGUCGCGGCCUCAAAAAGCUAACCUCUACUGCCCUCUGACCUCUGACCUUUUGACCCCUCAGCCCAUCAGGAGCAGCGGACCAAACCCUUACAUGACCGAGGAGAGAUAUUGCUCGCACAAUCGUUUUCUACAGAUCAGUGUGUGUUUAUUACACAUCACCGCUUUUACUUUUUAUAUCAGAAUAAUCAGAGGAGUGUGUGUUUCUGUGAUUAGUUUUUACUUUCUCACACUGAUUUUUAUGAUUGUUGUAAAACACACCGUGUGUGUGUGUGUGUGUGUGUGUGUGUGUGUGUGUGUGUGUGUGUGUGAGUGUGUGUGCGUGUGUGUGUUUGUGAUAAUGGCCUGAACUAAUAAAUGAUAAAGACGGGUUGUGUGUGCUGUGAGGUAGUGAAGUUCAGGAGAGAUUAAAAGUGUCUAUGAUAAAAAAGCAGAUAGAUAACACACACACACACACACAGAGUUAUUGGUGCUUGUCGUCAUGGUUACAGUGAAUGUAUCACAGCUGUGAUUAUUAGAGACAGAAAAUAACACACAAUCACCAACCAAUCAGAAGCAAGCAUUCAGUAUAUGGCCGUGGUUUAAUAUGGUGUAACUGAUUAUCAGCGUGCACACACACACACACACACACACACACACACACACACACACACACAAACUGUUGCACAGGAAGUGACAUCACAUCCUUAUAGCAAUAUGUGUAAUAAGUGAUUUAGUGUAGAUGACCUCAGUAUGUUGAAUAUGAGACAUGCAGUGAUGGUGUGUGUGUGUGUGUGUGUGUGUGUGUGUGUGUGUGUGUGUUUUGCUUUUCUACUGUCUUUUUAAAAAUUUUUAUUUCCUGUCUGUGAUUAUGGGUGUAUGUGAUGAUCAAUAUUAGAUUUUUCGCAGUAGACACACACACACACACACUUCAUUAGUAUUCAUUAGUGUAAACCCUGCUAAAAAUCAACAACAAUAUAAACCAUCACAAAAGUUCUAAUGGUUUCCACUACAAAUACCAUUACAAACCAUCCGAUAACCAUUAAAACCAUUACCGGUCCUCAAUGGUAUCCGCUAGACAUAUCAUGUCACCAAUAGAAGGCAACAAAUUAGCAGUAGACACCUGCAGGGACCAUUACAGUUUCCAUUCAAACCAAUACAAUUCCCAUUAUAACCAUUAAAACCAUUAUAAUUCUAAUUCUACAAUUCCAUUGUUUUGUUUUGUUAUCAUUAUCGUUGUUUAUGAACAGACGGGUGUUGGACCGGAGCUGAACACAGAACAACACUCCUGUAGCUAUGCAUCUCUGUGUGUGUUCAUGAUUUACACAAAAGGGAAUCUGUGUGUGUGUCUGUGUGUGUGUGUGUGUGUGUGUGUGUGUUUAAAUCUGAUGCAAUCAACAUUACCAGCAUGCAAAUCUUUAAAAAAGUAUUUUAAGAAUGUAUUAUGUUUGUAUCUCUGUGCACUUUUCUAUUACUCUUUGUGUGUGUGUGUGUGUGUGUGUGUGUGUGUGUGUGUAUGUGUGUGGGUGUGUGUGUGUGUGGCGUGGGGGUGUGUGUGCACACUGCAGGUCAAUGAGCAAAACCUUUCUGUGGGGUUCAAAUCAAUCUUCUUACCACUCCAAUGGACAAGCAGCUGUUAUUAUGAAUAACUUUGACAAUAAAAGUCAUUACUGUCUCCUUUCUCAGAAUAAAA